AAAACAGCCAAACCAAUUCCAAAUUUCAAAAGAAACUAUUUCCAUCACUUGCUAUAACCGGCAUGAACUUUGUUUGUAACACAUCAAAGAUUAAAACUGGAAAAUGAAGAAUCAGAAAGCUAGUUGGGCAAGUAAACUGAUAUUGAAGUUUUUACCUUUGUCUCUCCCCAGAAACUCCAUUGUCUGUCAAUCUGAUUGUGGCAUAUGAUAAACAAAAAAGGAAAAGAAAAUAAAUUAGCACAAGAAUACAAUGCAUCAUUUAAUUGUAGAGAAAUGAUAGCAACGCACUCUUGUAAACACAUUCUUCAACACACUUUGCCAGCACUCCUCUUAAUGGUAAGGGAGGAAAGAUUCCCUUCAUGAAAACCAAGAACAAGGCUGAGCAAUUUAUUAGGGCUUUUGAUGGUUUUAAAGUGCUCCGUCUUUCUUAUAAACAAGGUAGAGAUCAAACACGCCGAUUCUCCAUGUACAUUUUUCUUCCAGAUGCAAAAGAUGGAUUGUCAACUUUAAUUCAAAACUUGGCUUCAGAGUCUGGUUUCUUGGAACAAACCUUUCCUCGCCGAAAACUUCCAGUAGGUCACUUCAUGAUUCCAAAAUUCAAGAUUUCUUAUAGUGUUAAAGCUGCUGAUGUGCUCAAGGAGCUUGGAGUUGUUUCACCUUUCUCUCCACAGGAUGCCGAUUUUUCAAAAAUGCUGGAGGCCUCGGGUAAAUUACACGUGGAAACCAUAUUUCACAAAGCAUUCAUUGAGGUAAAUGAACAAGGGACUGAAGCUGCAGCGGCCACUUUGGUGCGUGGGGCACGAAUGUGCCGUUCUCAAAUUCCAGCUGGUAUAGACUUUGUAGCUAACCACCCUUUCCUCUUCUUGAUCAGAGAAGAUUUCACCGGAACAGUCCUCUUCAUUGGACAAGUGCUCAAUCCUCUUGAUGGAGCAGACCCCCCGUCGUACAUGGAUGAUGAUAAGCCAGUGGUUCCAAAAAAGAGGAAGAUGUCAAGUAAAAUAUGAUUCAGAUGGCGAUGAUGGAGGAGAAAUAUUAGUGGGUUGAAUUAAUCUUGUGAUAGGACAAAAUUUUAAAUUCCAAGUACUCUGUAGGUUGGUAUAACUUAUGCAAUGUAUUAUUUUGGAUGCCAUUAAAUUAUUGGUACUUUGUUGGUCCAUAUAUCUUAUGCAAUAUAUUAUUUUGGAUGCC